GUGAGAAAGGUGGCCGCUGUAUUGUUACCCUACGCGGGUUAGGGAGCUCGACUUGUCGAUGAGGGUGACUCCGACCAAACACCGUAUCGGAGUAGAAGUGUCGAGGGUCUAAUUUCGGAAAGGCCCUAAGUCCGUGCCACCCGUUGACUUUCUAAAAAAAAAUAAACAUUUCCCGUGAGUCUUUGCGACGUAUCCGAAACCGUAAUCGGCCUUGUUGUUGGCCGUAACGCCGAGUUAUAUGUAAUUGGCGAGGAAAGUCUUCUGGACAUGUUAAUAUUAAGUACGUGUCGUGUCCGUAGGCUAUCUACAAAACCGAGUUUGAGUCGGUGAGCUUGAAAUUAGGCAUCUAGUCUGCCGGAGAGCCAGAAGAAGAAGAGGUUGAAAUUAGCAUACCUGCUACCGUUAUUACUCAACACCCGAAACCUUAAAUUAAAGUUAGUCUUGCUUUCACUUGGCUAGAGCUCUUGUUUGGAAGUUACCACUCCAGCUACCUAACUAGCUUUAAUGCUGAACGGUUAAUUGGGGAGUAAACCCCCCUCUCUGUACCAGGAUGCUCCUUGUUGUGCUGGUAUGCAGCCUGUCCGUGUCACUGGCUGCUACGGGGCAGCAGACCGACGACGACUGGAUAGACCCUUAUGAUAUGCUCAACUACGAUUCAAGCACCAAAACGAUGAGGAAGCCUGCAGAGCCAACAAAGUAUGACAGUGUGCCAACUACAAGAAGAGAGUAUACCAAGGACUCCAGCCAGGCUGAGCUGACAUCGUGCAUCAGUCAGAAGGAAGAACUAGAGAAGAAAAUCCAGCUCAUUUUACAGCAGCCCACAUGCAGUCCAGUAUUCAUGCGAUUCCUUAGGAGACUCCAGAAGGAAAUUCAGAGAGUUGGUUUGCCCAGUGACUCUACGUACACUCACUAUGAUGCAAACAUCAAACUGUCCAGACAAGACAUGACAGAGAUUGAGAGACUUCUGGAGGGUGAAGACAGCUGGAGAACAGGGGCUCUGGACAAUGCCAUCAGUCAGAUACUAGUGGAUCUCAGACCACAUGACCGUGAGGUUUGGAGGUGGCGUUUUGAAGACACCUUUGGCGUGGAGCUUGACACACUUUUAAAAGUGUUGCUGCUUGUUCUGAUCAUAGUGGCGAUCAUAUGCACUCAGCUGUGGUCAACGGUGUCCUGGUUCACGCAGUUCAGGAGACUGUUUGCUGUCUGCUUUUUGAUCAGCAUUGUCUGGAACUGGUUCUAUCUGUACAAGAUUGCCUUUGCUGACCACCAAAACAACAUAGCGAAGAUGAAUUCUGUGUAUGAAAAAUGCACUGGAAUGAAGAAAAUUGACUGGACUGAUAGCUUGAAAGAGUGGUUCAGAAGCACCUUGACUCUUCAAGAUGACCCUUGUAAGAAAUACUAUGAAGUCCUUGUGGUCAACCCCAUUCUGCUGGUAUCUCCAACCAAGGCGUUCACAGUUACCAUCACAACCCUCAUCACAGAUCCACUGAAGCACAUCGGCCAGGGGAUCAGCGAGUUUCUUGUAGCACUCCUCAAAGACCUACCAGUUACCCUGCAGAUCCCAGUUUUCCUCGUUGUCAUGUUGUGUGUUUUGGUAUUAAUGUAUGGAAGUGUACAGGCAGCUUUCCAGCACGGCAUCGCUGCACCUUUCCGCCAUCCUCGAAGGGAUCCGCCUCCUCUACAGCUGGAGCAACCGCAGGGUCAGCUCCAGGGGAUCGAGGACUUUGACCGCUUAGCAGGAGGGGACGCACCACAACAUGCCCCGAGGCACCGAGCAGAUGAUGGCAGAUUAGACAGGAACCAGGUUCAUCAGAGGCGACACAACAGACCCAGAGAAGAGCGAGCCAAGGUGGUUGUGGUGACAGUACGCACUGCCGAGUCUCCUUACAGUGAGGAUGAUAUGAAUGAUGGGCGGCGUGAGGCAGAGCAAAAUCUCUCUGCUGAGUCCGAUUCAGGAAACCAAGAGGAGCUGGCUGGAGCGAGUGCUAGCAGUGUUGAAGCUAACACAGCCCAGUCAAAAACUAAACCUACUGACUCCUAUUCAUCUCCAUCAAAGACUAAACCUGAGGAAGCGAAUGAAAACCUUUCUAAAGAUGAACUCAACAGACAUAGUGUAAACUGAUGUUCAGGACCAGCAAGCGUCAGCAGAAGACAGGGACUCGUCUGUCUCACUGACACAAGUUGAAACUGUCAGAGGUCCUUCAUAUCAGUGGAGUAGACCGCUUCUACGUCAGUCAAAACAGGAAGAUUAGUGCUUUUUGCUGGACUGUGGAGAGUUAAUGUCCUUGACUAACUGAUUUACAGAUGGUGAUUGUUUUAAUGUGGAUGUACAGCAUUUUGAAGUUUACCCAAGGGGAACCACCACAGUGUUGCCAUCUGCCUUGGUCUGCUGUACAGGCAACUGAAUGUGCCUUUCCCUGAGCAGAGUCACUAAUACUGUUUGGUGACUCUGCUCAAUAUUUCAUGACUUCAGCUCCACUUCAGCGGCUUCCUCAGUUAGAGCAAAAUAUUCAAUAAACCACACAGCAGCCAGAUUAAACAGGAUCUCAGGGAAACAGUAAAUGGAUAAAAACAUUAUUUACUUGA